GGUCACAUGAGCCUGAAUUUUCAGUUCAGUUCAUUAGUCAGCCAUUUUGGUCAACACCCUGCUUACUGCGCACAACCAAUCCUAUUAGAACUCAGCAUCCCGGCUCCUCUGAGCAGAUCCUGGAAGUGAUUUCUGCAGUUAAGGAUUUUUUUAGACUAAAUUGAAAAUAUUGAAAAUAUAGGCUUAUUUCUUUUUCAGUUUUUUUCCCUCUUUUUUUUUUUUUUUCCCCUGCACAAAGAAGGAGGAUUUUUCACUUAUUCAUGCAGAGGCCAGUUUUUUAAAUCCAGCUAUGGUGGCAUAGGCUGUGCAGGAUUUCAAGCCUAUAGAUCAGCUGGAAAAGAAGGAGGUAGGGAAGGGAAGCUAAAAGAAGAAGAAACUGGAAGAAGACAAUCAUCUUAUUUUGCUAAGUGGUAGGAACUGCCUAUGAGAAAAGAUAGUAUAGAAUUGUUUAUCUUAAACAGUUGGUUCUUGUGGUUUUUUUUUAUUAACCUCCCUUACCCCUUUUUUUAAAAGCUUUGUUCCAGAGCUUUGGAUUUGGGGGGUUUGGUGAGGAGUUUUUAUUUAUUUUUUUUUCCGUGUGUGUGUGUGUGUGUGUGUGUGUGUGUGUGUGUGUGUGUGUGUUGUGGUCCCAGCUGAGUCAUCAUGUCUGCUCUGACGCCUCCGACCGAUAUGCCAACCCCCACCACUGACAAGAUCACACAGGCUGCCAUGGAGACCAUCUACCUUUGCAAAUUCCGAGUGUCUAUGGAUGGAGAAUGGCUCUGCCUGCGAGAGCUGGAUGACAUCUCACUUACACCUGACCCAGAGCCUACCCAUGAAGAUCCUAACUAUCUCAUGGCUAACGAACGCAUGAAUCUGAUGAACAUGGCUAAACUGAGCAUCAAGGGCCUGAUUGAGUCAGCGCUGAACCUGGGGAGGACUCUGGACUCUGACUACGCACCUCUUCAGCAGUUCUUCGUAGUGAUGGAGCACUGCCUGAAACACGGCCUGAAAGCUAAGAAAACUUUUCUUGGACAAAAUAAAUCCUUUUGGGGGCCUCUAGAACUGGUAGAAAAACUUGUUCCAGAAGCUGGAGAGAUAACAGCCAGUGUCAAAGAUCUUCCGGGACUUAAGACACCAGUAGGCAGAGGAAGAGCCUGGCUUCGUUUGGCAUUAAUGCAAAAGAAACUUUCAGAAUAUAUGAAAGCUUUGAUCAAUAAGAAGGAACUUCUUAGUGAAUUCUAUGAACCCAAUGCCCUCAUGAUGGAAGAAGAAGGUGCUAUAAUUGCUGGUCUGUUGGUGGGUCUGAAUGUCAUUGAUGCCAAUUUCUGUAUGAAAGGAGAAGAUUUAGACUCUCAGGUUGGAGUUAUAGAUUUUUCGAUGUAUCUGAAGGAUGGGAACAGCAGUAAAGGUAGUGAAGGAGAUGGCCAAAUUACUGCUAUUCUGGAUCAGAAGAACUAUGUAGAAGAACUCAACAGACAUCUGAAUGCUACUGUAAAUAACCUUCAAGCAAAAGUGGAUGCAUUGGAAAAAUCCAAUACUAAACUGACAGAGGAACUUGCAGUUGCAAACAAUAGGAUCAUUACCUUGCAAGAAGAAAUGGAACGAGUUAAAGAGGAAAGCUCCUACCUCUUGGAAACCAAUCGGAAGGGUCCCAAGCAAGACAGAACUUCAGAAGGGCAAGCACUAAGUGAAGCAAGAAAGCAUUUAAAGGAGGAGACACAAUUACGACUGGAUGUUGAAAAAGAACUGGAGCUCCAGAUCAGCAUGAGACAGGAGAUGGAACUGGCGAUGAAGAUGCUGGAGAAGGAUGUCUGCGAGAAGCAGGAUGCCCUGGUGUCUCUGCGACAGCAACUGGAUGAUCUCAGGGCUCUCAAGCAUGAACUGGCCUUUAAGCUACAGAGUUCAGAUUUAGGCGUAAAACAGAAAAGUGAACUAAACAGUCGCUUGGAAGAGAAGACUAAUCAGAUGGCUGCGACCAUUAAACAGCUCGAGCAAAGUGAAAAGGAUUUGGUGAAACAGGCAAAGACCUUAAAUAGUGCAGCUAAUAAACUGAUCCCAAAACACUAGGAAUUUUUGCAAAUGGUCAUCUCUCAAGUCUGGUAUCACAACUGAGUUGUAAAGGGAAGCAGAUCCAAAAGUUAUUACAUUUAAACUCUGAUUCUAUAUGAAAUGUUACCAAAAAUUGACUUUGAAUUUGUUGGACUUUUUAAAAAAGCAGUUUGAUAUACAGACUGUGUUUUUCUUCUUCUUUAUUAUUUCCCCAGAGUUAGUAUAAGCUCUUAAUUAAAUACCUAAUAAACUUUGAAUAAUUACUUCCGAGUUGAACAGUAAAUAAACAGACCACUAAAAAGAAAAGUCUAGGGAAUGAUGCUCUGUACAUAUGUUAUCAAUGCCUUCACAACACAGUCCCUAACAAAGCAGGUUCUAGGUGCAUUGUCUGUAUCAGCAAGCCUGUUCUGCCUUUGCAAUGUGAUGAGCUAGAGGUGACUACUGUAUGAACUUGGACUCUUCUAAAGUAGUUCUGUGUCUCUUAGGCCAUGACCUCUUUUCAAUUUGGUUACAUAAGUUUAAUUCCCAAGCCAAGGAUAACUACUUAGUAUUUCACUACAGUUCUAUUCUCAGUAACCAAGAUUGCUUGCAACAUUUUUGCCUUAGUGACUUCGGAGAAAAAAUUAAAACAGCAUCCUUAAAAUGCUUAUUUCUUUAAAGUGCGUAGAUAUACAGUUAGUGGUUAGAUAACCUAUGAUAACAUAAUAACGUGGACACUUGGGAACACCCUCCUGAUACUGUCAUCUCCACCUCUGCCAUUUCCCUGCGAAUCCACUUCCUAUUUAAAUAGAUCAGAGAAUUUCUCUCUGAAUAAAAACACUUUUCUCCUAUUAAAAAAAGCUACACUACACAUUUUUCAAAUCUAUCCUGCUUUUCAUUUUGGAGUAAAUAUGAAAGGUAUAGAUAUGAGUAGUGGUUUCCUGACUCAUCUUUUGAGUGGAAAGCUUUACUUAAGAGUUACUGUUAGCUUUUGUUCAUUCCAGUGGGGGGAUUUGCUAAAUUUUCUGGGAAACUUAACAAUCUAUUAAAAGACCAUUUCAGAGUAGGACAUAGAUAUAUAGAUAAAACUUAAGUUCGUUACCAUUAUUUAAUCUAUAAAGAUUCCCAGUAGGUAUCCACAAAGAGUACUUUGCAGGGCUUCUUUUUCUAAGUGACCACAGUUCUAACACUUUCUAGGCUUUACAUUGUAAAUAACCCUAUAAAUAUUUUGAUUUUUUUUUCUUUUAAUUUGUGGGGAACAGACUUUAUAUAAGCCUUCAUUCCUUCAAACGUCUUUACAAAAAUUUGGUUUUUUUUUUUCAUUCUAAUCUGUUUUGCAGCAUUUAAGCUGCAUAGAUGGGGCCAGAAAUAGUCCCUUAGCUUCCAGCUCUUGAAAUUCUUUACCUUAUUCUUGGGUGUGGGGGAGAGGCAUAAUUAAGGGAGUAAAAUAGAUUUCAUGUGUGCUGUUAUCAGUCCUUACAGACUUGAACCAAAUUCAAGUCAAAGAGCAUUUAACAAUCUCAUGGAAAAUCCUGUGCUCUUGAACUUCUUUUAGGUCUUAUAAUUUUGCACCUAUAUUAAUAAAUCCCUUAAUGUCUUAUCUUCAUCAUCCGUUUGUGGUGAUGAAUUGCCUUUUCUGUGCGCUUUAGAAGGAAAGUUCAGACACCAAAACAAAAAAAUUCCAAGGACUACACAUAGCAUGCUUCCAAAUUCUAUUACAAACAGCCUCAACUGUUUUCACCUUUUAGAACAUGCUUCUUUAUAGGUGCAAAGUUAUACGAUAUAUAGAAAUAAACAUUCAUUAGUAUCUUCCAGAGAAUAUGACCUGGAAUUUAUGCAGACCCACUGCUGAGUUGUUUGACCCUAGGCACACUCCGCUUGAUAGGAAUGGAAGGAAACAGAUGGCCGAACUCUGACAAAGGCUUUUCCCUAUAUAAUAAUCCAAAGCCUGGGUAAGAGUUGGUAUGUAAUGUCUGAUGAUUUCAUAUAAUUUGUGGUUUAUGGAAAAGAGCAGAAAAAUGUUCUAACUCCACAUAUAAGAAGGUAGUUGCCCAUUUGCAAGUUCUAGUUAUGUGUGUAAGACAAAAUUUUAAAGUACCAAACUUACUAGGAAAUAAAAACAAAAAAGUGAUUUUAACUUUAAUUACUGUGUACUUGAGGUUGGCUUUGGUUAUGGAUUUUCUAAAAGUGAUGUUUUAUUGUUUAUCAUCUAAUGGCUGUAAACUGUAGUACUAGAAUAAAAAAAUGGAAAAUCAACUUUU